ACCACAACAACAAGAAUUUGCUGUUUGUGAAAACUUGAGAGUAUUUAAAGAGACUUCUGCGCCAGCCUUCGUUGGAGGCACAAUGUUGAGACGACCUCGUGUGAAUGAAACAGAUGAUGAUCUUCUAUGUCAACAAGAAGAGUUGAUGGCCCGGGGGGCACUUCAACCAUCAGCUAAGAUAGUUAAGCUACACAAACGCAAGACAGAAGACUCGGCCUCCCAGAAGCCACCAGAUGAUGAGGCGCCCACUAAGUGCAGGUCGAAGUUUGCUCAGGACCGAGAUGCCAAAAAGAGGAAGGAGGGCAUUGUUGAUAAUACUGUGUUGAUGGAAGCCACCUCACGUAAGGAGAAAGUUGCAGUUCUGGGAAACAUCAUUGAGCGUACAGUGCCAGCCAACAUUAGUCUCCUGGAAUGGAAGCCUUCGCCUACUCCCACUGGCUUUCCCAAGGUUCACAGACUGCAUAAUUUGACUAGCACAAGAAGUUCAGUCCCUGGAGCAGAAAAGAAAUCGCUGUACAUGCAACAUUUAGAAAGUGAAGGUCUGUUGACUAGGACAGUGAACACUGGCAGCAGUUGUGCUGCCAGUAGUGAGAGUCCAUCAUUCCUGAGCAACACUUCACAAGAUCCUGCAGUGUCAGCCUUAGGUAUGAGUACUAACUGCAAUCACUAGUCUUACUUUUAUGUG